UUAAAAUUCACACACACACACACAUAUAUAUACAUGCUUUUUUUUAUAACCAUUGUAAUCACUCACAGGAAUUCCAAUCAUCACAUCGAUACAGAAUAAAAGUAUCAAAAUGGAAUCGGAAAUAAAAUGACACAUGUCCCGACCAUGGGACCAUCUAACCGUAACUGUAAACCAAAUGACGGCUGGCAUUCGACCCAACUCGCUUAUCUGCAUCACUUUACAGUAUUCCAGUUUAGGUCACAAAGUGCCACUCACGCAGCUCCACAAUAUUUAUUCCGACGAGGAGGUUUGCGGAAAUGAAUCAGUCCCCGGAACCGGUUCCCUCUGCUGGCACCUUGGUAGCUCGCUUUCUCCGGUCAAACAACUACGCGCAGACUCUGGAGGCGUUCAUCCGUGAGGCGGGACUCCCUGCAGACGCGGGUCAGAUAAAGCCCCAGUCAAGCUCCGAGGAAGAAUGGACCAUUGAGAGUCUCCUGGAAGAAAAGAAGGCCUUUGAUUAUAGUGUGAGGUUUGAAAGAUAUGGAAGGGGGGAUAGAAAGAAUGUCUGGACUCAGCCUGCACCCUCCAACCCAACUAUAGUCGCAACGCCAGCUCCCUCAAAUCUCCUAGCCGUGUCCGUGGAACCGUGGCAGAGGCUCAGUGAUCCGGGGACGACGGAGCCCCCGUUACCGUUGUAUGUCGUUGCAACAGGUGCAGACCGACAAAUCCACCUCCGCCAUACAGCAGCUGAAAAUGGUGAUGUCAUUUCGCUGUCGGGGCUCUCAGACUCGCCGAUUCUGUCUUAUGUCUCUGUUUCUCGCGGAGAAUAUGUUUUCAUGACUAAUAUGUCCGGACAGCUGCUACUUCUAAGAGGCUCGGAGAUACUGGACAAGAGAAAGGAUCACGGGAAGUAUGUAGUUAAAGUCGUGGCUCACGAACAGGGGCAGGAACAAGAGAACUCGGAAAGGAAGCUAUGGAUUGCAACAGCUGGAUGGGAUGGGAAGAUCUUUAUUUACUGCAUGGAUCCGUUUCCUGCCCCGGCCGAAAACGAAGACUGUCAUGAUCGAGCAGUCUCCAUGACCAUAGGUGAUCCCGUUGCAUCGAUCACCCUCCCCAGCAACCCCGAGUCAAUACUCUUCGUCCAUCACCCAACGUCAGGACGGCUAGUCCUCCUUGCUUCACGGCGUGAUUCGACUUAUCUACACUACUUUGAAGUCGAACUUGAAACGCAGCAGGAACAAGCUCAAGCAGGCGCGCAAACGGACCAAGGACAGGAUGCCUGGGAGAUGAUGCAGAAGAAACCCUACGAGUGCAAGUUACUGGGAAGACAGAAUCUAGCUCCUCACUCCGUGGCUUGGUUGACCUUCUCUCCGUGCUGUCUUGCCCUCUCUCCGCAUGACCCAGGUAUAAUUGCAAUAGCUACAUCGACGACGCCGCAUAUGAAGAUUAUGAUCGUACGCUUGCUGUUCCCAUCAGAAGAAGAAGGCAGGGAAAAGUUCAUUUAUCCCGCAGUAGCGGAUGACGAUAGCAGUCCCCCUCCUCGUAUUGGAGUUCCAUCGCCGGCGCAUAUCUCCCCGGCGUUCUCGGCAUUGACGCUGCAGAACCGCGAGGACGCGGCCAUAUUGAUACAAGUUAAUACCUUUGCGCCACAGACGCCGUAUUCCACUCCGCAGGUCGUGUGGAGGCCUGACGGGUCGGGCUUGUGGGUCAACGGCGAUGACGGAGUGAUUCGCGGUGUAGAGACCAAGACUGGGAAACUGACUGUUACGUUGAAGAAUGGCCACCAGUUUGGGUCUAAGGUGAGAACUCUCUGGGCUGGUUGGGUGGAUGUUCCUCAGGACGACGGAGGAGAGGGAACGGCAAUGAAAAGGGAAGAAUGGCUAGUAAGUGGUGGUUUUGACAAGAGGUUGAUUGUGUGGAGGGUUUGAUGGAAGAAUUGAAUAUAUUCAAGCUUAAUACCUUUUUUAAUAGUAAUGACAGGACUCCACGACGAGAUAUUUAUUAUAGGAAGGAUAU